GGGUGCGAGCUUCAGUUUGCCCAAGGCGAGGGAGGGCGAGAGAGGCGGGGAGCAAGAGCACGCCAUCAUCCGAGCACACUUGGGCAAGUUUGAUUUCAAGUUGUUGUUUUUGGUCGUGGGCUAUGCGCGCAGCAGCAGCGAGGAGCGGCGUGCACAUGUAGACGCUUCACACUUUUCACAGCCUCCUUCUUCAAGAGUCACCAGAGAGGGAAGGAGCGAGGCUCGGCGGGACGGCGUCAUUCGAGUUUCAAAAGCAAACGGGAAGUAGACUUUUUCCCCCCUUCGGAGAGACGAUGAACGUCAGUGAUGAGAACCUGCUCAAGUCCAUCAGCAACGACGCGCUCCUGGACCUGACGCAGCGCUACGGUCAGUCUGCCUUCGGUUUCGGCACUGGCCACGGUGCUGGAAGCCCAGGUCGCUUCCCCCUCACGCCGGCUGCUGACUUCCUCAGCGGGCAAACCGCCAAGUCCAACGAGAGCGGCGGAGAGCACACCAGCGACGACGAGGACGGCUUCGACGGUCUAGAGUCUCGAAAACGGGGUGCAUCCUUCGGGGAAGACAAGUCCGGGGGUCCCCUGGCCAAAAAGUCCAAGGAGCAGCGCUCUCUGCGGCUCAGCAUCAACGCUCGGGAGAGGAGAAGGAUGCACGACCUGAACGACGCGCUGGACGGCCUGAGAGCUGUCAUCCCUUACGCCCACAGCCCGUCGGUGAGAAAACUCUCCAAAAUAGCAACUCUCCUCCUGGCCAAGAACUACAUCCUCAUGCAGGCUCAGGCUCUGGAGGAGAUGCGGCGGCUGGUGGCCUACCUCAACCAGGGACAGAGCCUCUCUUCACCGAUCCCGGCCGCCCUGGCGCCCUUCGGCCAGACCGCCGCCGUGUAUCCCUUCUCGGGCUCGGCUCUGGCCAACUGUGCCGAUAAGUGCUCCACGUUCUCCGGAACACCGUCCACUCUCUUCAAACAUUGUAACGACAAGCCUUGAUUUGCCCCCACCGUCUUUCCUGAACUUUUAAAACAUUCUGCAUCUGCAUCGCUCUUUCUCUCCCUCUAGUUAUUUUUAAAUCAUUCUGUGGGAAAAAUAGUCUAAGGCAUAAUUUUGACGAAGUAAUGCUGCAAUGUAACGAAAACUGCAUAAGUAAACUCUUUAGGCCUUAUUUUAAAGUCAACCUUGUCACUUUCUUGCUUGCCCCAAAUGAGACCAGGCCAUGUCCAAAUGUUCAAUUAUUUUUAAAUGUUUUUAUUUGUAAUCUAUGCAAAAUUCUACAACACAGUAAACAAAGUGUACAUGACAUUUCAUUUCGACUACACUACAGUUGAAAUUGCAAGUAGGAAACUUCCCAUAAUGUUUUGUUGCCUGAUAAUUUUUCAGAAAUAAUGUAUUAUUUUUGUCAAGGUCUUGCACAUCUCACAUGAUUGUAUUGUACAACUGUGGAAAAAAAGCCCGAUUAUACUAAUUAUGCUCAAUGGUUACACUCAUGGCCUGCAAUGAAGCAGUGUUUUUGGUUGUGUUGCAACAAGAAUUUCAUGAAUUGUUUACAUGUGUUUAUAAUUAAAAUCAUAUCUAUAUGA